CUCUCUUAAAAAACAAAAUUUCUCCUGACUGUUGAAAUUCAUGGGAAUCGAUGAAUAACGAAGUGCGCACCCCAACAAAAAUGAGUGUUAUGGCCUGAGAAUCCACCCAUUCUCCACCGGAGUGUAUGAAUCUUCGGCUUCAUUUCCAACUCUAUCUGUACCAGUCCGUCCAUGCCAAAGUAACAAACCAGAAAAUAGUGUAGAAAUGGCUAGAGAAACCCUAGCUUCAUCAUCUUCCUCCCAGACUGGUAGCGGGGACUCCUCUAUAAUUCCGCCACCUCCAGAAGAUGCUUGGAUAGAUACCUACCGAAAAUUGGGCCAUCGCUGGCAAUCUGUUACUCCACCUCAUCAGUCAGCUAUUCCAAUUGCCAUUUCUCGAGUAAAUCAAAUUGAUGCAGGCAGACUGGACUUUGAAAUGUCAGCCAUGUUAAAGGAGCAGUUGGUGAAGGUUUUUUCUUUAAUGAAGCCAGGAAUGUUGUUUCAAUACGAGCCAGAACUUGAUGCGUUCCUCGAGUUUCUCAUUUGGCGUUUCUCUAUCUGGGCUGAUAAGCCUACUCCAGGAAAUGCUCUAAUGAAUUUGCGGUAUAGAGAUGAACGUGCUUUUGAGAUGCAAGGAAAAGUCCGAACAGGAUUAGAAGGACCCGGGCUUACUGUUGCACAGAAGAUCUGGUAUUGCAUUGCAACUGUUGGCGGUCAAUAUUUCUGGGCCAGAUUACAAUCAUUUUCUGCUUUUCGUAGAUGGGGUGACUCUGAGCAGUCUCUAUGUUCACUGGAUGGAGUGAUCUAAUUGAUGGACAAUUGGUCAUGGUCAAAUUUAGAUCAUGCUAUUAGCAUGUGUAUUACGGAACAGAUGGAAUACUGAUUUACGCUAUGCUCACUACAUUUCCCAUUUCCCCACUAUUGAAGAGAUCUGUAGCACGCUGGAUGUGGUUGUUAAUACAACGUGUAGAAGGAAUUUAUAAGGCAGCAUCUUUCAGCAACCUCCUCCUAUUCCUUUGCACUGGAAGGUAUAGGAGUCUUAUUGAGAGAGCUUUAAGAGCAAGACUUGUUUAUGGAAGCCCCAAAAUGAAUCGUGCUGUAAGCUUUGAGUACAUGAACCAGCAGUUGGUUUGGCAUGAAUUGUCGGAAAUGCUGCUGUUGCUUCUUCCCCUUCUAAACUCAUCAUCCAUAAAAAAUAUCCUUCAUCCAUUCUCAAAGGGCAAAUCUUCAAAUUCUGCAACUGAUGAAGCCUUGUGCCCCAUAUGCCUCGCGACUCCCACACUUCCUUUUUUUGCCAUACCAUGUCAGCAUAGGUUUUGUUAUUACUGUCUUCAAACGCGGUGCUCUGCAGCUCAGUCAUACCGGUGCCCAAGGUGUGGUGAGCUGGUUGUAGCAAUGCAGCGACAUGGUGGUGGUGGUGGUGCACCUCCUCCUGCUACAUAAGUUUCAUGUAAAAGAUAACAACAAUGAUUUAUUUAGAUGAUGGGAAAAAUCCUUUCCAUUGUGCGAAAUCAUUUGUUUUUUUCACCAAAGUGACUUCUCUAUACUGUCAUUUGGGCUGAAGGAACGUGAUUCUCUUUGGUGAUAGCAAGCAGGCAGGCUUUUCUUACUAACCUUGUGCAGUAGCAGCAGCUGUGAUUGGGGAUUUUAACGUGCAGUCUUGAUGGCACAUACAUAGACCCAUAGUGUAUGGAUAGAUAUGUCUUUUCAAUGUGCGCAUUUUACCGGCGGUUCCAAAUUUGGAAGUUUAUGGGAUAUUCUUAUUACCUGUUUCGUGUACGUCAGAAUUGAAUCUACAAAUGUUGUAGAUGAGAUAUUACAACUGUACCUAAAUCAAUCUCAAUAAAAUACCUCCCUUCCGC